AUGGAAAUGCAAAUCAGUAUCUAUUGGGAUAUUGAAAAUUGCUGCAUCCCUAAAGGAAAAGAUGGAAAUGUCAUCUUGAAUAGGAUAAUCACAUGCAUUUGUGAAGGAUUUAAUUUUAUAGGAAAUAUAAACGUUGUAAUCCAAAACAAAAAUCAUAAACGAGUUCUACACUUACGCUCCAAUGAGAAGGUACGUUUCAUCUUUCCUGAUAAUGAAAAACAGAAUAUUUCUGAUCAAAAGAUUGAAAAGUUGAUGCUAUCAGACAGUGAUAAUUUUCAAACAUUUGUACUGAUCUCAGGGGACAAGGACUUCACUGUUUUGCUGUUUGAAUUAAGGUAUAUGAAGAGAGUGCCCACAAUUCUGAUUCAUAGAAGUGAUGUUGAUCAAGAACUAACAUUUUUUCCAAAUGUGCUUUUCAUUUAUGAAGAUUUUAUUAAGGAUCUUCCUGAUCUAGUUGUUGUUCCAGAACUCACAAGUGCUGAAGAAUCUGAAAUUUCCACAGAGGUAGCACUCACCAUCUCCAUCAUCUGCUUAAAGGAUAAAAUGUUUUUAUUUGGUUUUGAAGUAGGGCUUAAAUAA